AUGAGUGAAAAAGAAAGUAAUAAAGUGACUCCUAAAACUUCCUCUAUAGGAGUAGAUCUCCCUGGUGUCGAUCGGUCUGGAACAAUUUCUCCAAAAGCUGUUAAAAAUCCGUCUAAUCUGCCACAAUCUCCUCGCCGCUUUUCUUCCUCUUCAACUCGCAGCUAUGAAACAACCGAUUAUUUUUCGGCUUCGUCUUCUCCUGUAAAUCAGCGGGUAUCUUCAGCAAUGUCUUUGUACGGCAGAGGUCAUAAUCGAGGCAUCACCCGUCGAAUUUCAUUAAAUUCUUCCAUAUCUAAUUUUAGUACAAUGUCCGAAACAUCUUUGCCAUGGACUACUAAGGACAUCGGGUUCAACGCGAUUUCUGGUGUACUAAAUGAUCCAAAUACGAAAGCCUCAACUACUGCCAGACCUACAAAGAACGACAUUCCAUCAGUACCUCCCACUGUCAUAAAAAAAGUAAAACCUGUCGAUUUCAGUAGUUAUCUUAAACAAAUUACUCCGGUAUUUGAGAAGUACAAUUAUAACAAAGAAUGUGGAGUAGAAAGUUCGCAAUCUAUUAGGAAAUCAACUUCUUCCUUCAUCGAAUCUCCUAUUGCUUCCACAACAAAAAUAUUGGCAAAUCUCGAGGGUUUGCCAAACAAUCAUUCUGAAAUCCCUGCACACCGACUAGAGAGUACAAGAAAUCCCUAUUCCGUGCGUAUGCCUCCUUUUUCUCCUGAUGAUGACCAGCCCUUAGAACCUGUAAUCGAUCUUCCAUUACUAGAGACGGUCCCUUCAAUAUUUUUUGAUCCUGACUUUAAUCUAGAAAAUCCUAGAACAUUUGAUAUUGUGUGUGAAAACACUGAUAUUAUCGAUGGUAAUCCUAAGAAUCCAACUAUUUCAACAAAUGCAAUCCUUCAAGAAAAGCUUUCUCAUUAUCUUGAUACGGUUGAAGUACAUCUCAUUAAAGAAAUUUCUCUACGAUCAUCAUCAUUUUUCGAAGCUUUAUCAAAUCUUCAAGCUUUACAUUCCGAAACAUUAGAAUGCGUUUCUCAAAUAAAUAAUUUACGUCAAAAAUUAACUUAUAUAGAUGAUUCUCAAGCUAAACAAGGGCUUGAAAUUGUGAGGCUAAAACGACGCCGUGCAAAUAUGGGCAGACUUUAUGAAGGUUUAAGGAUGGUUGCAGAAAUUAGUUCAACUCAAUCAGUAAUACAAGCGUUGUUGGGGCAAGGUGAUUAUUUUUCUGCUUUGGAUUUAAUUGAGGAAGCAAAUUCUAUUUUGAAUGGUGGUGAAAGUCAGCGAUCUCAAUUGGAAGAGUUAAUUAACGAGCAAAGCUUAAAAACUCCAAUCUCAUCAACAAAUAAUCCUAGAACGAUGAUUAUUAAUAAAUUAAGCAAUGUAACGGAUGGGUUCAAAAAGUCUGGUACCAUCGAUUUAAGAGGUGUAAGAGUAUUAAUGUAUUUUGGUGGGCAACUUGGUGAAAUGUACAAGUCAGUCGGUGUAAUGAUGGAAAAUGAUCUGUUGAACAUGUUGUUUAUGGAUUUUGAAGAACAUGUUGAAAAUGUGAACACUACAAACGCAAUAAAUAUUCUUUAUAAUGAUAAUAAGAUUAAUUAUUCCGUAAAACAUAGUACUCCUUCGAUCAGUGUUAUGAACGAUCCUACUGCAAUAGAUAAGGAAGAAAAGUUAAAAAAAAGAAUAACACCAUUAGUUUUGGGCUUAUAUAGAAUGAAUCGAUUCGCGUCUGCUUUGCAAGCAUAUCGCGAAAGGAUGUUGGAGGAAGUCAAAAAAAUGGUCCAAAUUCAAAAGCAUUUUAAAUCUUCAAUGACUCUCACUGAAGCUAAAGAUGAUCAUUCAAGUUAUUCGUCAAUGGAACGUUGGUCGAAAGCUACAAAGUUAUUUAAAGGAAUGACUUUUGAUGCUUUUUUAGACACGUUGUUAUCUAUAUAUGCAAUAUUACUUGAAGGACUUAAGAGAAUUGCAAUUUACAAUGAACUUUUUUCCGUUAUUCUGGAUGAUGCUCAAAAAGUCAGUUGGGGACCUCAAUUUGACCUGUUAGAGAAUGAAAAAGGUUCAUCAAGUAAGGACCUACAGGUAAACGAUGAUAAUAAAUCACAGAAAGAAAGUGAAGCCAAAGUUUCGGAUAUUAAAACUCAAAUUGAGUCUAAUGCUGUUUCCGGAAAUUCUAAAAUCAGUACUGCUUUGAAAAUUACUACUGGAAUAAAAUCGAUAAUACAAAGAACCCAAUCUUUAGCAUUAAAAUCAUCGACAUCUUCACGGGAUCCACAACCUAAAAAGCUAGAACCCAUACCAUCAACUCCUAAAGCAGAAAUAAAGCUUGAUUCUAAUAGUCAAUACACACAGUUAGUAUCCGAUUCUUCACAGAUAGUAUAUGCUGUAGCAGAUUUGGCACAUGUACGAUGUGCUAAAUUGAUUGCAGUUCGCGCAGAUCAGAAUGCUCAACUGAACCAAAAGGAUUUUUAUCGUUUAUUCAAUGUUACAUGGGCAUUUGUUUUGGAAUGUGAAAGUUUAUGUGGGCGUAUGUGUUAUGGUCUGCGAGGAACAAUAAUUUCUCAGGCCAAAGCAUUUUUGACUCAUUUUCAUAUGGAAAGGACAAAACAAGAGGCAACAUUGGUUGAGAAUGAACAAUGGAUACAAGCUGGUGUGCCCAUUGAUUUUCAGCGAAUCGUAGAUAAAAUUAUAGCUGCUUCUACAAAGGGGUUAUCAAAUUUCAAAGAUAAUUCAUUGGACCAUUUGUCACCACCAGCGUCACCAGUAUAUCCAUCUCCAGAUGCCCAGUUUAGUUAUAAUAGUGAGGUUGUCAAUGGCACGAAUGAAAAAGACCGUAUUCAGAAUAAUUCUUCCGUACAAUCGAAUUAUCUGAAAUGUAUGGUCAAUAUCCCAGUUUUGACUACCGAGACCAUGAAUAGGAUUGUAGAAAUUUUAAAUAUAAACUUUACUCCAUUUAACAGUUAUUUCAUAAUAGCACUUGCAUCUCAAUCUCUCGGUGCUAUUAUUGCAUUGAUUCCGUAUAUUCGCGAAUGCAUUCGACACAGCCUCAAUUCCAAACAAGUGGUUAUGUUAAUAGAGUUCGAUCGGAUUAAAAGGUCAAUGAACUGGGACGAAUCAAACGCCAAAAACGGACCAAACCCUUAUAUGGAAUCAUUAGUUAAGGAAACUACAACUCUACAUAAGGUUUUAAACAAAUAUCUUCCGCAGGAAAUUCUGCAGAACGUAAUGUCAGAUGUAUUUAAAUCGUCAAACACAAAGAUUGCAGAAGAAAUUGCUAAAGUGAAUAUUUAUACACCUCUUGGGAAAGAACGGAUCACCACAGACAUACAAUAUUAUAUACGUAAAUUAACGGCUUUAGAAGGACUUCAAGGGUCUGCUAGUGACUUAGAGAAUAUAAUUAACAACUUACCACUCAAAGAAAAGUUAUCAAACGGCGAUAAAAAUACUAAUAUAACACCAAACAAUUUGGAUUGA